CCCAGGCCACACUGCCAAUAUGAACUUAGCAGAGCUGUAUAUGAAAAACAGAGGUAAAGAAAAAAUGGAGAGUUUUCCAAUCAUCAACAUGGAGAAGCUUAAUGGUGAAGAGAGGGCUGCAACAAUGGAUAGGAUUAAAGAUGCUUGCGAGAACUGGGGAUUUUUUGAGGUGUUGAAUCAUGGGAUUUCCAUCGAGCUUAUGGACACUGUGGAGAGGCUGACAAAGGAGCACUAUAAGAAGAGUAUGGAGCAGAGGUUCAAGGAAAUGGUGGAGAAAAAAGGUUUGGAAACUGUUCAGAAUGAAAUUGAUGAUUUGGACUGGGAGAGCACAUUCUUUCUCAGCCAUCUUCCUCAGUCCAACAUGGCAGAUAUUCCUGAUCUUGAGGAUGAGUACAGAAAGGCAAUGAAGGAAUUUGCAAAGGGUAUAGAGAAACUAGCUGAGGAGCUGUUGGACUUGUUAUGUGAGAAUCUUGGGCUAGAAAAAGGUUACCUGAAGAAAGCUUUCUGUGGCUCGAAGGGUCCUACUUUUGGCACCAAAGUGAGCAACUAUCCGCCCUGUCCCAAACCAGAUCUCAUCAAAGGCCUCCGAGCACACACCGAUGCUGGAGGGAUCAUCCUGCUAUUCCAGGAUGACCAGGUCAGUGGCCUCCAGCUUCUCAAAGAUGGCGAAUGGAUCGAUGUUCCCCCUAUGCGCCACUCCAUUGUUAUCAACUUAGGCGACCAGCUCGAGGUGAUCACAAACGGAAAAUACAAGAGUGUGAUGCACAGAGUGAUUGCUCAAACCGAUGGGAACAGGAUGUCAUUGGCAUCGUUCUACAAUCCAGGAGGCGAUGCUGUGAUCUAUCCCGAACCAAAAUUGCUUGAGAAAGAAGAACAGAACGGGCAAGUGUACCCGAAAUUUGUGUUCCAGGACUACAUGAAGCUUUAUGCUGGUCUCAAGUUUCAGGCCAAGGAGCCAAGGUUUGAAGCGAUGAAAGCUAUGGAAAUCACAACAAUUUGAGAGUACCACAAGCACAAAUGUCUACUAUGUCACAAGUGUAAUCUUGAAUAACACCCUGUUUUAUAAUCACAUGAUGUCUCUGCAGAGACUUAUCACUUUGGUGAUUCAAUGAUAUGUUUUUUGACAAAUUAA